AGGCGGAUUUUUAUCAGCACGAGAAAAAUUCGAAUUCCCCUAUUGUUGUAUAUUUGUAGUACCAGCUGUCAGCACCUUUUGUUUUUGCUAUUUUGAUUUUUUGAUUCGACGGCGUAAAUACGAUAGAAGUUUUGUGCACCGCCUCUGAAGAUCGUUCUUGAUCUGUUGAAACGAAAUUAUGCCGCCUUUUCAUCAAGGAGCGUUGGGGGUCGCUUUGUUGGUUGCUAGAGCUGGAGCGACGACGAUUUCUUUUGCCGCUCUCGACGCUAACCACUAUUUGCAAAAGAUCAAAAUGGCAUGGCACUAUUGGGGAAAAGUACAGCUAGUAGAACCUUGCAAAGGAUUCCAAGCCCACAUCUCCGACGAGUUGCACAGGUUGUCGGACCCUAAAGCUGGUUCGGCCACGAAAGGCAAAGAAAACGAAAAGACACGCAACAUCGUCAAUCUGGUUGGACAGGUUAUCAGCCAACUCGAAAGUCGCACCGAACGUUAUAGUUCACCCGGUCUCGCACUCGCACCACAAUUUGCCACUGAUAUUUUCGCGGAGCAGGCAAUUUGUUACGAGCGUUUGCAAGCGCUGGGUCCCCACUUUCAGAAAGUGCUGUCCACUGCCACUGGAAAGUCUCGGAAAACAUUCGAAGGUCUCCCGGCAGAAUGGACAUCGGAAGAACUCAAGAAAAAGGCAUCUGAGGAAGAACUCAGGAAAGAGGCAUCUAAGAUGCGGGGGCUGUGGGAAUCCGCCGUGCUCCGUGAGGCUGAACAGAUUUCGGAGAAAUAUUCCCCCGACAAAGUGCAGAGCAUCCUCCGAAGAUGGCACGCGCAAUACGCUGAGCUACUGGCCGUCCUGCCCCCGAAGAGCGCCGAAAGCUUCAACAAUUUUUUUGGGACACGCUCGUGAAGCAGCACCUCUUUGGUGCCAAGCUCGACAACGAAGUGAAGAAGAAGCAUUUUGACAUGAUUCUUGACUCCUGGAAGGUGGCGGCGCGUGCGACGAUUUCGUCAUACGCUUUGCCGGAGACGUGGGGCGACGACCAAAAACGCACGCGAGAUCUUCUAGUACACUUGGAGAAGGAGGCGCUGCCUGAGAAGAUCACGACGGGCAAGUUGGUGGAGAUAAGAGUGGAGGGGCUGUGUGAGGACGCCUCGAAAUCAGAAUGGAUUAAGCGAAACCCGGUUCGCGCGUUUACUUUUGCGACAGUGAUAUUGAAAGAAGACCUAGUGAACCAUGCAACGACACUCGUCGGAGAACAACCACCAGAAGGAGACGAACUACAGAAAUGGAAAGACAAACUACAGGAAUGGCAAACCAAGCUCGUCGACAAAUUUUCGCGUCAGGAAAAACAAAUGACAAGCGGGUUCAGGAUCGACAGCGAAGAAGGAAAGUCGUUGAGCAAGUGGGUUCGUCAGAGGUGGCACGCCCUAGUAGUGGAUGUUUUGUCGAAGGCGGCUGAGCAUCGCAGAGCGGAAGUAAGCAGUUGGUCUAGUUUAAUGCGCUGGAUGAUCGGAGCAAUAGAUGUAACUGACGAGGGGGAGCGGGACAAGCUGCUGUUCUUAAUUCCGCGUGGAUGGUUUGGUCCGAGCGGGCAGGAUGGGGAGCCGCAGGUGGAAACAAAAGAGCUGGUCCUAGAGCUUUGGGCAGCUACAGGUAAAGCAGCCGAAGAACUGCCUGGCGCACUGCGAAGAGCCGCAGAGAAUCUUCGCCAGCAUAUCGAUGAGUUAGUUGAUCCGGCCCCGGACCCGCAGAAAAAGUUCGUUUCGUUGACGCAGGAGUGGAAAGAGAACGCGAUCAAGAACUUGGACUUUCUGGAGGGGACCGACUUGGUGGUCUGGUCGGCCUCCCUUUGGCACGAGGAGCUCAGUGCAAAGAGAGAAGAGCUGCUCGGGGAGUUUCAGAAAGAAAGGAUGCAGCGUGCUGGCGAGAGGGGGUCUGCGGACGCACUGGUCGAGUUCUUGGACGGGUGUUGGGCCGAUUUGGUCGUCGACGUUUUGGUGGAGGUGGCGGGGCGGCGUCACUCGAAUCCGGUCGCUAAAGUGUCGAAGAGCGAUGCCGAUUUCAACAUGGAUGGGGUGGCGGAGCUGCUCACGCUGAUUCCGUCUGAGUGGUUGUCGAAGCCGUGCGACGGCCUCCAAUGCGACCAGGACAAAAUCUUGGGGCUUGUCCAAGCGAUUUGGACGGGUGCGGCCACUGCAACAUCUCCGGACGAGGAGGUGCGGCGCAUGGCAGUUGAUGUAGAGGAGCUCCGACAGCGGUUUCGUACGCACAUUCACUGCCCCGCAAAAACGCAAGGAGGAGAACCUCGGGGAACCGGCUUUCUAGAUAGUGAGGGGGUUUGGGAAGGGUCGGGCUCAUCGGAACGUCAAGAAGGAGCCGAGGAUGGGGGUGCAGAUGACGAAAAGCGCAACCUUCAGAAACUUAUUACGGACACAUGGGGACGAGAAGUUAUCACAAGGGAUUUCAACGAGUGGUGGAAGAGCGAAAGCGAUGGCAAUCGCAAUCCCACAUUAGAUGGCUUCGGCAGGUGGUACUGGGAAAAAAAGCAGCAGAAGGCGCGGUCUUUUGGAGGAGCGUCUCCGGCGGGACCUGGACCCGCGGGGGAAUCGGGUGGAACACCAUCAGCAGACGAACAAGCGGCGCGCGAACAAGUUGAGAGAGAAUGGGCAUUUUGGGAGAGGCAGGUCAAGGAAACCGGUAUCUUCGUUGCAAGUGCGUCCGGAUUUCUCGACAAGAUGAAGCGCCAGGGGUCGGCCCCCGAGGCUUUUGGCAAGUGGUGGCUCGGUGAAAGAGCCCGGCUGCAAAGAGAACAGGACCGCAAAAUGUGGGAAGACAGGCAGCGGGAUGAGUCGCAAGCUGGGGGGCAGAAUGAACCAGGAAAAAAAUCUGCUUCUGGUCGUCGCCGACGACCUCGACCCCAAACAGAGCAGGAAAAGAAGGAGUGGGCACAGUGUAAGAGUCUGCUCAAGCUCGAUGAACCAACGGUGAAUAAAUACAAGUUGGGGGGUUUUACAACUGUGAUCAGGCAGUUCGAGACUGAUGGGACAAUCACUUCUUACGCAGAGAUGCGGAAGGCCUACACAGCUGGAGUGUUGAAACUCCAUCCCGAUAAAGUUGAAGCCGGAGAUGAAGCAAGAGCAACGACGCAUUUUCAGCAGUUUCAGGCCUGCUACGAAUUUCUGAACCGAGAGCUCGCGUUUCUUCAACAGUGAAUAUACUGAACUAUGUCCCGGUCCAGUUCCCGAGCCCUGAUAAUCUACCAACGCAAAACACUUCCUUGUGAAGGCAGCCUCGAAUGUAAACGAACAUAACACUCCUCCCUUUCGUCAGCGACAACAGAAAGCAC